GAUGCUGCCCGUCACAGAACACCUGCUGUGCUUCCUGGGACUGGAGAAGACCGCGUUCCGCUUGUACGCCGGGUCUGCGCUCCUCCUCUCCCUGCUCUUCUUCCUCUUCUGCCUGCUGAUCCAGUUCCUGAGGUUCUGCUGGUGCUUCUACGUCAUGUGCUGCCGGCUGCGCUGCUUCCCCCAGCCAUCCCGGCGCAACUGGCUGCUGGGCCACCUGGGCAUGUAUCUUCCAAACGAGACGGGCCUCCAAGAUGAGAAGAAGGUGCUGGACAACAUGCACCAUGUGAUCCUGGUGUGGAUUGGCCCUGUUCUGCCACUGUUGGUUCUGGUGCACCCUGACUACAUCAAGCCCGUGGUGGGUGCCUCAGCUGCCAUAGCCCCCAAGGAUGACCUUUUCUAUGGUUUCCUGAAACCAUGGCUGGGAGAUGGGCUGCUGCUCAGCAAAGGUGACAAGUGGAGCCGGCAUCGCCGCCUGCUGACACCCGCCUUUCACUUCGACAUCCUGAAGCCCUACAUGAAGGUCUUCAACCAGUGCACUGACAUCAUGCACGCUAAAUGGCGGCGCCUGGCGGAGGGACCGGUGGUCUCCCUUGACAUGUUUGAGCAUGUCAGCCUCAUGACCCUGGACAGUCUUCAGAAAUGUGUCUUCAGCUACAACAGCAACUGCCAGGAGAAGAUGAGCGAUUACAUCUCGGCCAUCAUCGAGCUGAGCGCCCUCGUGGUCCGGCGCCAGUACCGCCUGCACCACCACAUCAAUUUCGUCUACUACCUCACGGCAGACGGGCGGCGCUUCCGGCAGGCCUGUGACACCGUGCACCGCUUUACCACGGAGGUCAUCCAGGAGCGGCGGCGGGCACUACGCCAGCAGGGGGCUGAGGCCUGGCUUAAGGGCAAACAGGGCAAGACCUUGGACUUCAUCGAUGUGCUGCUCCUGGCCAAGGAUGAAGACGGGAAGGAGCUGUCUGAUGAAGACAUCCGAGCCGAGGCGGACACCUUUAUGUUUGAAGGUCAUGACACAACAUCCAGUGGGCUGUCAUGGGUGCUGUUCAACUUGGCCAAGUAUCCAGAGUACCAGGAGAAGUGCCGGGAAGAGAUCCAGGAGGUCAUGCAAGGCCGGGAGCUGGAGGAGCUGGAGUGGGAUGACCUGACCCAGCUGCCCUUCACCACUAUGUGCAUCAAGGAGAGCCUACGCCAGUUCCCACCCGUGACCCUGGUCUCCCGCCGCUGCACGGAGGACAUUAAGCUUCCAGACGGACGCAUCAUCCCCAAAGGAAUCAUCUGUCUGGUCAGUAUCUACGGAACCCACCACAACCCCACAGUGUGGCCUGACUCCAAGGUGUACAACCCCUAUCGCUUUGACCCGGACAACCCCCAGCAGCGCUCCCCACUGGCCUACGUGCCCUUCUCCGCCGGACCCAGAAACUGCAUCGGACAGAGCUUUGCCAUGGCCGAGAUGCGCGUGGCCGUCGCGCUGACGCUGCUGCGCUUCCGCCUGAGCGUGGACCGAACGCGCAAGGUGCGGCGGAAGCCGGAGCUCAUCCUGCGCACGGAGAACGGCAUCUGGCUCAACGUGGAGCCACUGCCUCCGCGGGCCUGAUCGCCGGC